AUGGGCAGAUGGAACUCCAGCAAAGUGCCUAACUUUAUUCUCAUGGGACUGGCGGAUUCUGAAGAGACACAACUGGUCCUCUUCCUGCUCUUCCUCCUGAUCUACCUGGUCACAGUGCUAGGGAAUGCAGGGAUGAUACUGAUCAUUCACCUGGAUCCCCAGCUUCACAUUCCCAUGUACUUUUUCCUCACUCACCUGUCAUUCCUGGACCUUAGCUACACAAGUGUCAUCACCCCUAGAACCUUACAGAACUUACUGACUUCCAACAAGAGCAUCACAUUCCUGGGCUGCUUCUCUCAGUUGUACUUUUUUAUAUUCUUCGCUGCUACCGAAUGUUUUCUUCUCUCCUCCAUGGCCUAUGACCGCUAUGUUGCUAUCUGCAGCCCUUUACGCUAUCCAGUCAUUAUGUCCACAAAAUUAUGCAGCACCCUACUCACUGGCUCCUAUGUUAUUGGCUUUGUAGAUUCCACUGUUGAUGCGGUUUGCAUGAGUACACUGAAUUUCUGCAACUCUAAUGUCAUCCAUCACUUUUUCUGUGACUCAUCCCCAAUUUUGGUGCUAUCUUGCAGUGACACAUAUGAUGUUGAAAUCACCAUAUUCAUCUUUGCUGGUUCCACCCUAAUAAUGUCCCUUAUCACCAUAUCUGGAUCCUAUCUGUCCAUUCUUUCCACUAUCCUGAAAAUUAACUCCACUUCUGGAAAGAUAAAAGCCUUCUCCACCUGUGCCUCCCAUCUCCUGGGAGUCACCAUCUUUUACAGCACUAUGAUCUUUGCUUACUUAAAACCAAAAGAGUCCUACUCCUUGGGAAAGGAUCAGGUGGCUUCUGUGUUUUACACAAUUGUGAUCCCCAUGCUGAAUCCUCUCAUCUAUAGUCUCAGAAAUAAAGAGGUAAAAAAUGCUGUUUUUAGAAUUAUGCAGAAGAGAAAGGUUUCCAAACAAAUAAAAUAA